GGCGCGGACGGCGGCGAGAGCACCGGCAAGUAUUUUAACACGCUUGUCUGCUGUUACGACUCGUCACGUCGGUCUACGGAACUUCUUUAAAAGUCCACGCUCCAGUCAUUGGCUUUUGUGGUCGCCUGCUUUCACUUACAUCGCUCCCAACUCUAACCUUUCUCUUCCACACCUUCUUCCCGACACCCAGCCUCCGAGCACACUCGCCUACAGAUAAACCAUCUACCGACAUACCUCACAAUGACUAUCGACUGGAAAUCUCUCGAGAGUUACCAGCGUCUUCUCGGCGCCAUGGUUGCCGCCUCGGACAACAACGUCGACUACAAGAAAGUCGCCUACUUCUACGGUCAAGGCGCGACCUACGACUCCAUCGAGGGCCGCUUCCGCAUCGCCAAGAAGCAAGCCAACGUGCUCAAGAAGGAAGCCGAAGAUGAGAAUCGCGUCAUGCCAGCCAGCCGCGCCAAGUCCACGACUUCCACUCCCCGCAAGCCGAAGGCGAAGCCAACUCUUGACACCGCGAACGGCGGUGUCAUCUCAGGCCGCGUAACCAAGAGCCCGUCUAAGAAGAAGGCCGCUGCCCCCAAGAAAGUCAAGCAGGAGCCGCACACUCCGACCAGCAUGUCCGACGCCUACGGCGAUGAUGAGGGUGGCUACACGAACUACAACGCGUCGACCGACCCCGCCAGCGCCGAGGGCGCCGAUUUCACCACGUCCUUCUCAUUCCCGGACGUCGGCAACUGGGUCCACGAAAACGGCACCGUGUGAGCGCCGCUCUGCCUUCUGCAACUGCAGCAGAGUUGCUACGGCAACCAGUCUGCGCCGGACUAGGCUCUGGGUGCUCGGGUUCCUGGGUGGACGGUUUCUUGUUUUUGCUUUGCUUUGUUUUUACUCUUCGGGCUUGCUAGGUCGGCAAGGAUUCUUUAUGAAGAUUGAGGCGUGCGAGGGUGCCAGGGUGUUUCUAUGCGAGCCGGUUCGGAAGCCUAUUCCCCCCUCGCUUGGCUUUUUCUUUCCACAAAAUUCUCCUAUUGCAUGCAUGCGUCCUCGGGAUGCCGGGUUCUUUGGAAAGGGUUAGCUAAUAAACGCAACGACAUCAGAUUCAUUAAAUGACUUGCUGCUUAAGAGCUGUUUCGCUGUGUUGAUUAAAGCUGAUAUCAGCUUAGCAAAUGCUAUAGAGGAAUAGAUAGGAUUUGAGAUAUAAAAGGAAAG